AUGGCACAAAAAGCAGCUCGCGACUGGGUCUAUCUAGUCAUAAUCUCACUCCAACUCAUCGGCAUGAUCUGUCUCGAAUUCACUGAAUUCUACCCUGAUUCAAUCUAUUCUGCACCCAAUGCCCCUCUCCGCUUCCUAGCCAACGUCAAAGAACAGUAUCUCUCCUUCUCAGGAGACCCCUUCUUCGGAGACAAGUUCCACGGUGCCUGGUUCCGUAGCACGUUCUUCAUCGAGAUCUUUGUCCAGUUUCCUCUGGCCAUUUAUAUCGUGCGGAACCUCGCUGCUAAGAAGCCUUCAUCUGGACCUGUUGAGCUUGCUGGUUUGGCGUAUGGUUGCUUGACGGCCAUGAGCUCUGUGGCUUGUGUUGCUGAGCUGUUGGAGAUGGGGCCUGAGUUGGUGAGCGAGGACCAUAAGAGGAAUUUGGUCUGGGGGACGUAUUUCCCCUAUGCGCUUAUUCCUGGUGCUAUGGCUGUUGAUAUGUACACACGACUGUUGCGCCGGGUGAGCACUGAUAUCAAGCCCAAGACACAGUAG